AUGUUGCCACCAGAGGAACGGAGACAGCAGCAGGCGGUGGUAGAAUCCGUGCCCUCGGACAUGGAUGGUUACAGCGACUUGAAAUGCGAGAUUUGUCACCAGCACCAACAUCCAAUUCAGGGCACUUUAUUCUGGCGGUGCUCGAGGUGUGGCGGGAUGCACCAUGACGAAUGCGUCGUUUUGCAGCCAGAAUUCGACGCCAAUGGUCUUCCCACCAAAUUUGGCUGCACCAAAUGCAGAACCCCUUGGUUUCUGCGCAGCGAGCUUUGUUGCACUGGGGAUUGCGGCGAAGAGAACGGGCCCGAGGGGGCCGAUGUGGACGAAAGUCUUGAUCUGCCGGAGCAGCAUCAACCACCCGUCGCCGCAGAGGUGCACCGGGGCUGCCGGCAAGUUGGGUCUCAUAUUCCCAUGUCCGAUCGACUGGAAUCAUCCGACGAACACUUCAUUUGCGAACAAGCUCAGCCGAGACUGGAGAAGCGAGAUGCCCGUACCCUAGUGGCAUCGCUCGUGGCGCCUCGGUCGCUGAGCACCGUCUACACCCUGAUCGGGGUGGUGAGCUCGGUCGGCAUGUUGAUCGCGGGCCCUCUUCUCGCGGGCAUGUUUCACCUGGGAAUGGUGCUCGGCGACCUCUGGGUGGGUCUGCCAUUCUUGGUUGCAGCCGGGUUUUACGCGCUGGUGCUUGCUGUGAUCUCUGCGGUUAGGGUUGGGGCUGUGGAAAGGGAAUGA